AUGUGCAAUCUUCAUAGCUACUUGCCAGCAAGACAACACACCGCUUUUGGUCAAGUCAUUGAUAGCUAUUGUCAAGAUGCCCACAAGUCUCUGGCAAAGAUCAACUAUGCACCCACCCUUCACCAUUGUGGGCCAGUUGGUGCUGGCAUCAUCAUGGUCAUAAUGGAUCUUCUUGAGGGGCAUAAUGCACUUUCAAUGUACACUGAGCGUCCACUUCCACCCCCCCCCCUCAUCGAGGAUGUGAGAAAUGCUAUCCAAGCAUUGCAUCAAAAGGACAUUGUAUUUGGUGACUCGAAGGGACCGAACAUUAUGAUUUGUCAAGACAAAACAGACCAAGCCAAAGUUUGUGCAAUGCUAGUGGACUUUGAUUGGGCAGGCAAGCAUGGUGAAGCUUGCUAUCCCACUACUUUAAAUGAUUGUUGGGACAUCGUGUGGGCCCCAGGCAUAGUCCGUGGUGGGAUUAUGCGAAUGGAGCAUGAUAACUUUAUGUUGGAACAACUCAGCCUGUCGGUGUAA